AUGAUUUGGGAACGAUGUGGAGAUUACCUUUGCCUUAAUAUUACUAACAUCACCUACAAUCUACCAGAAAUUUUGUCUAAAAGAGAGAUUUUAGCUACUACACACAAAAUAUUCGACCCUUUAGGAAUAGCUUGCCCCGUAACUCUUGUGCCGAAACUUUUACUUCAGCACCUAUGGGAAGUUAAGUUAUCUUGGGACCAAGAAGUUGAUUCAAAUUCAAAAUCACAAUUUUGUAAAUGGUUGAAUGAUUUGCAGUGUCUGGAAAGAAUGAGAAUACCAAGAUGGUUAAACUGUGAUCGUGAGAUUGAAAAUAUCUCACUUCAUUUCUUCAGUGAUGCGAGUAAACUUGCAUAUUCAGCUGUGGCCUUUGUUCGAGUACAAACAAGAGAUUCGGUUCAAGUUCAUUUGGUGCAAGCUAAAGCGAGAGUUGCACCCAGCGGAAGGAAAAAGACAACAAUAGCUCGAUUGGAACUUCUUGGAGCUACAAUAUGUACACGUUUAGCAUCCAGCAUAACAUAA